AUGCCAACUGAGAAAGAUGCUAUGAUGCGUUUAUAUACCGGAUACAGCGAUAGUGGCGAUGAAGAAGAGGAAGGAGAUCUGAUCGAUGGUUUUGGUAACAGUAGCAUUGAACUCAUUGAUCUGGGUGAUUUGAGUGACGACGAACAAGUCAACAACCAUAGUAUGGAUGAUUGUGGUCCAUUUGUAAAAGAGGCUUUUGUAUGGAGAGCACUAUCAUCAUCGUAA